CUGGCGGACUGACGGUCGGUCGGACGGUCUGUGAGGAGGGCACGGAGUGAGGGGAGCGGGUACCGGUGCUCCACGGCCGUCCUCGCCGCCCCCGCCUCACACCGCGGCCUCGGCGGCCCGGCCCGGCGCAGCCAUGUCGGGGCUCCUGGGGAAGCUGUUCGGGACGGGCGCCGGCGGGAAGGGCGCCGGGAAGGGCCCGUCGCCGCAGGAGGCGAUCCAGCGGCUCCGCGACACGGAGGAGAUGCUCAGCAAGAAGCAGGAGUUCCUGGAGAAGAAGAUCGAGCAGGAGCUGGCGGCCGCCCGCAAGCACGGCACCAAGAACAAGCGCGCUGCUCUUCAGGCCCUAAAGCGUAAGAAAAGGUACGAGAAGCAGCUUGCACAGAUAGAUGGCACGUUAUCAACAAUUGAAUUUCAGAGGGAAGCCCUUGAGAAUGCCAACACUAACACUGAAGUGCUUAAGAAUAUGGGUUUUGCUGCUAAAGCUAUGAAAGCUGCUCAUGACAACAUGGAUAUUGAUAAAGUAGAUGAAUUAAUGCAGGACAUUGCAGAACAGCAAGAGCUGGCAGAUGAGAUUUCAACAGCCAUCUCAAAGCCAGUAGGAUUUGGGGAAGAAUUUGAUGAGGAUGAACUCAUGGCAGAACUAGAGGAACUAGAACAAGAAGAACUAGACAAAAACUUGCUGGAAAUAAGUGGUCCCGAGACAGUACCACUACCAAAUGUGCCCUCAAUAUCAAUACCGUCAAAGCCAGGUACCAUUUGCUCCCCUGGAAGGACCAAAACUGCUAACAAGGCAGCAUCCAAGAAGAAAGAGGAAGAAGAGGAUGAUGACAUGAAAGAGCUGGAAGCUUGGGCAGGAACCAUGUAAUCACAGCAGUAACUGGCUGGAAAAAGACUUUGAUUACCUAUUCUGGGUGCAAAUGUGUUGUGUUGAGGAGAAAGCAUAAGCAAAAUGUCUUUAUCUUUAAUUUUAACCCAAAGCAGUGGGAACUGCAUUGCUGUUUUCUGCAUAGCAUGGUCUGCGCAAAGAAAAGAAAGGGGAGCAGGGGGAAUUGCCUGCAGUUUAUACGGUUGAAUUUCUGUAAACAAGUAUUUGCAAAAUCAAACAUUCAGCUUUUGGACUGUGCUACUGCCACUGCUGGAUCUUCAUCUUCAAAGUUUGGGCCGUAUUGAAUUGAAAUAAGCUGAAAAACACUCUGUAAUUUUAAGUCAGUUUAAGUGUGUCUAGAAGUCUUGUAAGGCAUUUAAAAAACAGGAAAAGUCGUAAGCCACCAUUGGCUUCUUAUUGUGUUUAGGUGCAAGAAUGCUUUAGGUUUUUAGUUCUUUGCAAGUUAUAUUUAUAUCCCUGGACUGAUGUGUGGCCAGCCUUGUGUUUGUCACCGCAACAACGUAGUCACUAUUCCCAUUUUAAUUGGUGAUAAUGAUUUGCAAUUGACAAAUGCUAUCUUGGAAGUAGGGACGAUUUAAAUUUCAGUUGUACAUUUUUCUACAUAGCACUACAAUGUUUAUGGCUUUUUUGUGAUAAUUGAUAACCCAUUCAGAUACAUGCACACAAUUAUUUUAAUUAAGAAACUACUAUGGAUUGCACUGUAUUAAAUAUCUUGAUUAAUUUUCA